AUGACGCCGCCCGCGUCACGAACAACAGAGACCAACAACAACACAGAGCUGCACAGCAAAGGGGGCAGAUAUGUGAACUGGGCGGAGCUGACACGCUCCACCGACACACCGCCUACACUGCCACCAGUACUGCCGACGCCGCCGACGACACCGCCCCCGCCAUACGGGGUGGAGAUGCCAUGCGGGAAGACAUCGCCACAGACAGAGGAAGCCACACCCGUCCAGCCCCUGUGGUACAAUUGGCACGAGGGUACCAGGUGGACACGUCAGGCCGACGCAGACACGACGCCGCCCCCACCGCCUCCGAUGCCGCCCCCUCUGUCCCAUCGCUCCGCCGUGCUUUUUGCUCCUGACACAUCUGACAAGUCCUCACGUACUCCCACAUGUCCCGGGCCAUGCCGUGCCAGUGGUAGUGCUGACCGACCGCCCGCCAUGUUUGUUCCACCCUAG